AACCAAAAGAACACACUGUUUUCACGAGAAAAACACCAAAUCUAGGGCUUUGCAUUAAAGAAAAAGUUGGGUUUUCUCUCUUUGACAUGCUCCAAAAGAGAUGAUCAAAAAUUGAUGGACGGUUCCGAUUAUAUCAUGGAGUUGGUUGAAAAUUAUAAGGUGAACUGCACAUUGACUUCGAUGCUAAGAUUUCUCUAAAGGAGACGGAGUCACAAUCUCAUGUGCUUGGUUCGGGCACUUCCCUGACUCAGUCUGUUCUCAGGUGAUUAAUAAAUUUGCGAGUGGUAAACGAGAAAAAAUAAGCAAGACUAUUAUCUGAUAUACUAAUGGGCAUGGCUGCUGGUUUGAAGAGAGACGCUGUUGUUAUUCUCCGAUUUGAUGGUGAAGAACUGCUUGAGUUUUUGAAGAGCCCGACUUUUGAAACGGAUGUACUUUCCAUUUUCUCCGAGAUUGGGUUACCAGAUAGAUCUCUUCGAGAUUGCAUUAUGGAGGCUUUUGCGAAACUUACUGUUGAUCAAGGGAUGCCUCCGGCUACAGAUCCUUGGGUUGUAAGCAACAUUGUGGAACCAGCACUACAAUCCCUUGAUAAUGUCUCUCAACAAACAGUUUCACAAGAGGCAUUUUCAGCCGAGUUUAAAAGAGCUAUAGAGAGUGUGGCACAACAUCUCAAGGAGAAACCCUCAAUCGUUGCUCAUAGUCAGAAUACUUUCGAUGGAAGUGGCUUUGAGAGAUUGUUGUCGAACAAAUUCGAGUUACAUGAGACACUGAAUUCUGCUAUAGAAAUUGUACCCAAAAAUCAAAAUGGGGAAAUAUCGAAGGAAUAUUUCCGUGGAGUUCUUGAGAUUCUUGCCUCUUCGGCUGGCUUACCUCCAAUUGGUGCUCUGGAUCAGAUAGAUCAUGUUACGACUGAAGCUCUUAAAAUGUUUGAGGUGAAUGAACGGAAAAUGGUUAACGAAGAAGAGUUCAAGAAGUUAUUGACUCAAGUACUCGAGACCGUCGUGCAACAUUUAGAAGCCAAUCCAAUAUCAGUGUCUGUAAACUCAAUCGUGCACGAGCCACAUGCUUCAUCCUCGACCUCAUCUUCACCAUAGUAUGUCUAGAAGUCCUUAAAUGUUGUGAACGAAGAAAUUAAUAUGUGUGUCUAGUAGUAUUUGAUGAAGAUGAUGUUAGUUGAAAGUUAUAUUAUGACGUGUUUUUCAAUGUAUAAAUAUGCAAAUAUAGGUAAAAAAAUGGACUUACGUGAGUUGCGUCUCGAGUAGAAGUGGUCUCGUUAAUUUUCUUUUCUCGAUGAAAAAAGUCAACUCCACGUAAUGACUA